AUGAACGCGCUCGCGCAGUACGAGGUGGAGCUGGCCGAUGUCGGCCUGCCUCUGCCGGGUGCACCGCUCGGCUCGGCCUACGCACAGUGGCGACAUGCAGUUUCCCAAGCUGGCGGAGGCGCUGCGACUGGAGCAGGAGAAGCUGAGGGGCGCGCCGGGGGUGGGCUGAGCCCGCAGCUGCUGGCGAUGCUGGCGUCGGAUCCCGAGGUCCCGCCGCGGGCCUCGGCAGUGCUAACCUCGUUUGUGGUCUCGCGGCCAAAGGCGACCAAAGCGCUGACCGCGGCCAUCGAGGCUUAUCCCAACGACGGCCUGCUCUGGUUCCUCCGCGGGGUGGUGCGGUACAAUCGGGCGCGGCAGCACCGUGUGCCGUCGGCCAAGGACAAGGGCCUCCGGCUGGCAGUGUACGACCUGUCGAUGGCUGUUGCACUGCAGGCCGACGAUGACCUCUCGCCGGCGCCGUACUUUCGGGCCAACGCACUGAUCUGUCUCGGCGACGCCGACGCGGUGUCCAAGGCGCGCAAGGACCUCAUUGCGUACAUCCGAGCGGCGUCGAUGGACGCCAUUUAUCUGUCGCGUGCGUACCGGCUGCUGGCGUAUACGGCGGUGCUGACAAACAGGCCGCUUCUCGCGCGGCGGUACUACGCCCUCGGCAAGAAGCUCGCGCCGGCGCUGGCGGCGAUGUGGGACCCGAUGCUCGGCACGCCGCUGCCGCCGUACUCGGUCCGCGUGGGCGAGGUGGCGUUCUGGAUUUCACACGUCGCAGGUAAGCACGAAGAUGAGCAUACCCGCGACCUGGGCUCGGAACUGCAUCCGGCACACGCGUUUCUCAAGGCUCCAGAGCCAGUCAUCGAAGACACGCCCAUCGACGAGCCGCCGCCGGUCCCGGACUUUCCCGACUUUCUCAAGACCGAAGAGGAGCGAGUCCACGGCUCGCGGCUUGCGAGCAGCGAUGAAACGAGCGAGGCUCACGCAGCCGAGGAGGCUUGUGCUGCGCCUUCGCCGCGUCCGGCCGCACCUGCCGCCGAGGCCAGCACCGGCUCGCUCCCGCCGCCGCCGCCGCCGCUUGCCGGAGCGCACCCGCCACCGGUAGAGAGCAUCGACGACCUGGAUGACCUGGACAGGCUGAUGGGCCACGGCGGGGGUGAGACGUCGACAGACGACAUCGACUUUGACGCCUCGCAGCUCCAGCACAUCGCCAACGAGAAGGAGCUGGCCCACGACGAGUCGUCGGACGACUGCGCCCAUGAGGCACAAGAGCUCAUCGAAGCAACGCCCAUGGCCAGCCGGCGGCAGACCUCUGUGACCCAGCUCGACAUCUCGCAUCUCGCCUUGGACGAGCCCAAGGCACCGACGCCGACCCGCAUCGAUGCACUGUUCAUGGACUCGACCGACAGUGACGAGCGGUAGCAGCGUAAAAGUCACUUGGCAGA